GGCCAGGUGGCUGGCCACACUUCAAACUAAAGUUUGAACUUUCAAAAAAAGACUUCAACACAAAUGUCCAGCUGAAUUUUUUAUAAAUAUAUGGCAGUCUAUUUGCUUCUAGAAGGGAGCUAGGGAGGGGGGAAGGAUUCCAAGACUCAAGAGCAGCUGAAGGAAGAGCCGGAGAACUACACCUGGAACAACGCGCAGCUGCCCCGGCUUCCUGCAGUCCGGCCCCCCGAUCAGAGCACCGGGCGCUGUGGGCGACUACCCAAGUGCUAUUUAUGGUGCCUCUGCCUCUCAGCUAACCAGAAAGGAUUGUGCAUUCCAAAUAAUACCACGAAGGAUCAUCACUUUAAUCUGUUCUUGAUUACAACCAGGGGAUUUUCAUAGACUCCACUUGAAGCUGCUUUUUAAAUCGGUGGCUGACAAAUGACUGAGUUCUCCAUUCACUAUAUCUACUUUAGUACCUUGCAGUUUUGUUCCUGUCCCUGUUGGUCCCAUCAUUCCUCAGAUUAAAAGAUGACAUUUAUGGAUUCUACUUGGAUUCCGAUCUUUACAUGGAAGUAACAGAGAAGUCCAAGAAAUGGAAGCUGCUGCUAGUAAACGAAGAAAAGCAGAGUAUCAUCAGGGUUGAUAGCAUCUAUUUGAGAUCCAUGAAUGAUUAUAGAGCUACUUUUCUAUAUCGAACUUUCAAGUCUCAUUAAUAAUAUGCUGCCUCUCUGGGACAUAGGUACAUUCUUGGUAAGAAGGCUAUUUAUUCAUUACACUGAAUAGACGAGCUACAGGAACAAUGGCUUCAAAAGUUUCAUGCUUAUACGUUUUGACAGUAGUUUGUUGGGCAAGCGCUCUUUGGUACUUGAGUAUAACUCGUCCUACUUCUUCCUACACUGGCCACAGACAGUUCAAUAGCAUAUCAGUAGCCAGAAAAAACGUCUCCUUUGGCAAUAUAAGAACUCGACCUAUUAAUCCACAUUCAUUUGACUUUCUUAUCAAUGAACCUAAUAAAUGUGAGAAGAGUAUCCCUUUCUUGAUUAUUCUUAUCAGCACAACUCACAAAGAAUUUGAUGCAAGGCAAGCAAUUCGAGAAACAUGGGGAGAUGAGAACAACUUCAAAGGAAUUAAAAUUGCCACACUAUUUCUUCUCGGAAAAAAUGCAGAUCCUGUGCUAAAUCAAAUGGUAGAGCAAGAAAGCCAAAUUUUUCAUGACAUUAUUGUGGAGGAUUUUAUUGACUCUUACCAUAACCUCACUCUGAAAACCUUAAUGGGGAUGAGGUGGGUAGCAACAUUUUGUUCAAAAGCAAAAUAUGUUAUGAAAACAGACAGUGAUAUUUUUGUAAACAUGGAUAAUCUUAUUUACAAGCUGCUCAAACCCAACACCAAGCCAAGGAGAAGAUAUUUUACCGGUUACGUUAUAAAUGGAGGACCAAUAAGAGAUGUUCGCAGCAAAUGGUACAUGCCUAGAGAUUUGUAUCCUGAUAGCAAUUACCCACCAUUCUGUUCAGGCACUGGCUACAUUUUUUCAGCCGACGUAGCAGAACUAAUUUACAAAACCUCCCUUCAUACUAGACUUCUUCAUCUUGAAGACGUAUAUGUAGGACUCUGUCUUCGGAAGCUUGGCAUUCACCCCUUCCAAAACAGUGGCUUCAAUCACUGGAAAAUGGCCUACAGCUUGUGUAGGUACCGCAGAGUGAUUACUGUGCACCAGAUAACGCCAGAAGAAAUGCACAGAAUUUGGAACGACAUGUCAAGCAAGAAACAUCUCAGAUGUUAAGAUUUUUACAAAUGUAAAUACUUUUUUUGAUUUUGCUUUAGUUUGAUUAUUUUUUGACAGAAAGCGAUGCACAGGUUACAGGUUAAACUGUGAGACACUACCUGGGAGAGAGCUUUUAAUGACCAAUUUCUCAUUCUUUUUUUUGACUACUAGUUUACAGAUUUCAGGCUGUUAUCAUAAGAACAUUACACCAGUCAAAAGGGUCUAGAGUCAAAGCCCAGAUUUUUUUAUAUUAUCCCUUAUCACACACAUCAGCUCCUGCAUCUGUAUGUAAAAGGACAGUAAUAAACUAUCCUGAACUGCUUAACAGUUCACGUCCUAGCCUUCGAGAUAAGACUUAGGCCCUACGAAAUGAAGGAUUAAAAAUAUACUUCUUUUCGACAUCCUACAACGGUCCUCGUUUAGAGCUUUAUUAAUAACUUACGUGAAAUAAAUUUGCACUGAUUUCAUACACCUAUCCAGGCAUGUGUAUUUUAGAACAUAAUGUGUACAAUCUCAAAACAGCUUACUGAUGGUUGAAUAGCAGAAUUUAGACAGGUAAGAACAUCAAAGUACCACAGGCCUCAGAAACAAGCCCCCACUGAAGUACAUUUAUAUCCCCAGAAUGGCAUUCUUGUGAAUUACUUUGGAAAAUAUCCUAUUUAUUUCACUGUCAGUCUAAAGCAGCUCCUAAAAUGGCCCAUAUAUUUUUAAAAUGAAAUAUAAUCUGUGGGUAAAACACAAGACACAGCAGAUGCAUGAA